CACUACUUGUGUAUAUAGUUGGGGCUGUAUGCGUUGAGCUUACAGAGCAGAAGUUUACAGGAGAAAUAGGUGAAAUGGUUGUCCUGGUCAAACCGAGUCCUCAACUAGGCAGUAAAGCUAUGGAUGGUAACCAGCACAAAGUGGAAGCGAACGUUUUACUUCUUGGAGCGGAAAAUGUUGGGAAGUCAGCGCUCACGGUGCGUUUUCUCACCAGGAGAUUCAUCGGGGAAUACGGGGAUAUUGAAUCAAUAUACAGUCAUAUUGACAAAACUGAUGGGCGAGAUAUUUACUUAAAUAUUUGGGACUCUCUGUAUCCACAGAGCUGCGAAACAACCAAAUCCAUCAGUGACAAACAGCUUCAGUGGGCAGAUGGUGUGAUCCUUGUGUACAGCAUCUGUGACCGCUCCAGCUUCGAAGUUGUGCGGCAACAGGUGCAGCUCAUCCGCCAGACCAGAAAGCUCUCCACGUCUGCUCCGAUCAUAAUCGUGGGGAAUAAGCGAGACCUGCAGCACCAGAGAGCCGUGUCGAGCGAGGAGGGCAGACUGUUCGCCCUCUCCGCAGAUUGCAGCUUCUUCGAGAUCUCCGCGGCUGAAACCUACCACGGUGUACUGCUGGUCUUUCACGAAAUUCUAGACCUCAUCAGGGAGUCCAGAGCACUGAAAAAAGGCAUGGCUGGAAUCAAGGGCAUAGUCAGGAGCGUGUCUGCAGUUUUUGGGAAGAAAUGGGAGUAGAGAAUUGAGAUGCCAUGCUGAGUUGAUAAUGAUGAUAUUAGUGCUGAUCAAAUCGCUCAUGGUAGAAGAGCAACUAAUAGUUCAGAAGACAACUCGGACUGACGGGGUCUGGGGAUGGACAGAAGGGGUUGCUUUUGUCUAAUAAACCUAAAUGAAGGGUAAAAAGAAUAACGUUGAUGGCAGGUUAAAAGUUCAGGGCCCAGCCUUCCAGUGAAGAAAAGUCGUUUCAGCAAGGCAGUGAGGGGACUGCUGAAGAUAAGUGAUCCUGGGCCUUGAUGCAAGUCGGUUAGCGUAUGUGCAAUAAAUGAAAAGAGACAGUCCAGCUGGAGUCCUUGUAAUUUCUGAAAGUGUGAUCCUUCAGCCCUGAACAGAUAAGAUGGAGCUGAAUUUAAGUGAGCUUCUGCUCCAGAUCUAAGAUACAUUAAGUAGAGGAAUGGACUUUCUCCUUUUAUUGUCCGCCUCUGAAGAGUCUCAUCUGAGAGUGAGAAGUUAUUGAGGGUAACUAAAUGUAGUAAAAUGUAUAUAGAAAUUGUAUGUAUAUAUUGUAAUUUCCAGAACAUGUUUUUUUUUCUUUCACUCUAGUUAGUAGAGGUUGAUGGUAGUACAGUUUACUAACCGGUGAUAACAGGCUGUUAUCCGAGUUCAUGAAUGCGUACAGUACAAAGAGAAAUAUGCCUGGAUCUUUAACUUUUGCAUGAAAACAUGUUAUGUUUAACUUUUGUAUAUUGUUUGAUCUUUAACGAUAGAUUAAUGAUUUCAAUAAAGG